CUUUUAAGGUUUAUGUAAAAUGCAAUUCCAUGAAAUAAACAUGAGAGAUGAUAGCUGGUUGGUUGGUCUUAUGGGAAAUUGUGGUCCGUAGCUGUAACGGCGUUACUUUUUCGGAAUACCAAACACUAUUCGUGCAAUCACAAGCAGCUUUUGCACCACCACCGCCAUCGCCAUCGCCAUCACCAUCACCAUCGUCUCCGCCGUUGCCUGUAGGUGAAUUUUCCAAUCUCCGAACAUCAUAUGUCUGCCGCUGUGUUUCUUUGGCCGCAAAUCCCCCUAAAUUAUUUCGCUUCUUCCAAAAGAUUGGUCUCUCACCUUUUCUCUACCAUACUUAAUAACACCAACUAACGUUUUCAUAAUUAAUACCGAACAAAGAUAAAGCCCUUUUCUUCUCUUUUUCCUUUUUUAUCAGGGUUCCUUUUUUGAAAAUUUCAGUUCGCGAGCUGCAAAAUUUUGUGUGGGCUUGAGCUCCUACUCUCUAGAUCGAGCCCUUGGGUUUCGCCCUUCUUGCUGUUUUUUCCCCUUUCGCUUUGUUAUGAUAUUCUUCGCCUUUUAUUCCAACCUCGUAGCUCUUUUACGGGGAAUAUAGCUUCCAAGAUCUGUUUGUGUUGAAAUUCCGACUUUUUAUGGAUUUCACGUGUAAAGUGAGAAGUAGGGCAGCCGCUUAUGCCAUGGGUGGAAAAUGAAACUCUUCAAUUGGGAUUUGUUGCUUGAGUUGUUCUGCUCGAGAUGAUUGACCAAUUUAUUAAUUUUGUCAUUAGGCCGCCCAGGGCUGAUUACAACCCAGAUCAAUAUCUAUGGGAAAAAGAUUUUACCCUUGCAGGAAGAAAAUACAACAGAGAAGAUGUGGAGCUUAGUAAUGAAAGGGGUCAUACCUUAAGAUGUAGCCAUUACGCUCCUUCACAGGUCCCAGAUGAUUCGCCUCUCCCUUGUGUCAUAUAUUGCCAUGGGAACAGUGGAUGUCGGGCAGAUGCAAAUGAAGCAGCUGUAGUUCUUCUGCCUUCAAAUAUCACAGUGUUCACUCUUGAUUUUUCAGGUUCUGGCUUGUCUGAUGGAGAUUAUGUUAGUCUUGGUUGGCAUGAGAAAAAUGACCUCAAAGUUGUGAUAUCAUAUUUGAGGAGCAAUGAGAAAGUAUCUCGCAUUGGCCUUUGGGGAAGAUCAAUGGGUGCAGUAACAAGCCUUCUCUAUGGAGCAGAAGACCCUUCUAUAGCUGGAAUGGUGCUGGACAGUGCGUUCUCUAAUUUGUUCAAUCUGAUGCUGGAACUUGCAGAUGUGUACAAAAUCCGGCUUCCUAAAUUCACAGUGAAGAUGGCUCUUCAAUACAUGCGACGAGUAAUACAGAAGAAGGCCAAAUUUGAUAUCACACGGCUUGAUUGCAUACAGGUUGCUCCCAAGACAUUUAUUCCUGCUCUGUUUGGGCAUGCAAAAGAUGACAAAUUUAUUCAACCUCGGCAUUCUGAUGCUAUCUUUAAUUCGUAUGCGGGUGACAAAAAUAUUAUCAAAUUUGACGGUGAUCACAACUCAUCGCGGCCUCAAUUUUAUUAUGAUUCUGUAUCCAUCUUUUUCUAUAACGUCCUCCAUCCUCCUCGGCCUCCAUCUUCAUAUUCAUCAAAGAUUGAGAAAUACUAUGAUCUGGGAGAUGUUAAAGUUGGUGCUGGCGUGGAAGAGAAUAUUUUAUAUGAGAUAAUAGCUGGGCUUCGCAAUGUAAGUGCUGAUGCACCUAGUUCUUCUGCUGCACCUCGUAGCAUUUCAUCUACAAAAUCUGUGGGGGAACUACUCUCUGACAUAGCACCUGUCUGUAAUGAUGCUUUGACUUCUGAAGAAGCUGAUCUAAAGAUUCUCAGCGGCAGUAGCACAUCACCUCAAGAGGACAAGCAAACAGCCCAAAAUGAAGAGUGUUGCUCCUACACGAGCUCAAACAGAGAAAGUUGGGGAAGAUGCUCGUCUUUGGGCAGUGAUGAUCUACCUUCUAUGGACACAAGCAUCAGUAACUCCGACCAGGUGUCUUUUCAUACCUCUAUCAUUUUCUCAACACCGGAAAGGCUAAAAUGUGUGUGGCACAUCUGCCACUCAGUGUUUUUGCAGUAUCUCCUGUUAGUCUCUUCUCAUUCGGUUUUAGUUCUUGAGAUCAAGAACUUGCAUUUUUAUUUGGUAGCUCAAGCAAACAUGUCUGAGUUUCGUUUAAUUUUAUUUGGUAGCUCAAUUUCUUCAUUUUUGCUGACAAGCAACUUUACUUCAAUUUACAGACAACUAUAAAGGUCCUUGCCACGCCUCUUCGAAAUCCAGAACAAAAUACAUUAGACUCUCCAAAGGACGAGACAAAGAAGAAGAAGAAAAAGAACAAAGCUAGUUCAAGCACAAAGAAGUCGAAACGGGAGAAAUUUGAGAAGCUGGAGGCUCUGAGCCAGCGCAUUCGUCUCUGCAUCUUGAAGAGAGUUAAUCAUAGGAGAAACUGCUCGACCUGACUAACCCUCAUUGUAGAGUAGGAUGUUGCAUUCUUAGUUCUUCCAUGUUCUACUUUGUAUUCUCAUGUUUGAUAUGUUGUUAGGAGGCUACCCGCUUUGCUUAUUAUUUUUCAACAUGCUGCUGCCCGCCACCAUUUUAACCACUGAUUUUUCUAUUACACCCUAUUUCUUCUGCAAA